GGGGCAGCAGGAUGAUAACCAGCCUGGCGGCAAGCAGGGGAGCCCUCACCCCAUGGGCAGGCCAAUAGCUGCCCGCUGACCGCCGCCACCCCCCCCUCCUCGGCCAUGGACACCCCUGGUUUUCCUUCAUCGGCCCCCACCGCCUGGGAGCCUGGGAACGCCUCCUCGGCCUGGCCCCCGGAUGUCGCCCUGGGGAACGUGUCCGCGGCCCCGAGCGUGGCGGGGCUGGCCGUCAGCGGUGUUCUGAUUCCUCUGGUCUACCUGGUGGUGUGCGUGGUGGGCCUGCUGGGCAACUCGCUGGUCAUCUACGUGGUCCUGCGGCACACGGCCAGCCCGUCGGUCACCAACGUCUACAUCCUCAACCUGGCGCUGGCCGACGAGCUCUUCAUGCUGGGGCUGCCCUUCCUGGCGGCCCAGAACGCCCUGUCCUACUGGCCCUUCGGCUCCCUCAUGUGCCGCCUGGUCAUGGCCGUGGACGCCAUCAACCAGUUCACCAGCAUCUUCUGCCUCACGGUCAUGAGCGUGGAUCGCUACCUCGCCGUGGUCCGUCCCGCCUGCUCCGCCCGCUGGCGCACGGCGCCCGUGGCCCGCACGGUGAGCGUGGCCGUCUGGGUGGCCUCGGCCGUGGUGGUGCUGCCCGUGGUGGUCUUCUCGGGUGUGCCCCACGGCAUGAGCACCUGCCACAUGCAGUGGCCCGAGCCGGCGGCCGCCUGGCGCGCGGGCUUCAUCAUCUACACGGCCGCGCUCGGCUUCUUCGGGCCGCUGCUGGUCAUCUGCCUCUGCUACCUGCUCAUCGUGGUCAAGGUGCGCUCGGCCGGGCGGCGGGUGCGGGCGCCCUCGUGCCAGCGGCGGCGGCACUCGGAGCGCAGGGUCACGCGCAUGGUGGUGGCCGUCGUGGCGCUCUUCGUCCUCUGCUGGAUGCCCUUUUACGUGCUCAACAUCGUCAACGUGGUGCGCCCGCUGCCCGAGGAGCCCGCCUUCUUCGGCCUCUAUUUCCUGGUGGUGGCGCUGCCCUAUGCCAACAGCUGUGCCAACCCCAUCCUCUACGGCUUCCUCUCCUACCGCUUCAAGCAGGGCUUCCGCAGGGUCCUGCUGCGGCCUUCCCGCCGCGUGCGCAGUCAGGAGCCUUCGGCCGGGCCUCCGGAGAAGACCGGGGAGGACGACGGGGAGGAGGACGGCGAGGAGGCGGCAGGGGGGCGGGGGCGGGGGCAGGAGAUGAACGGCCGGGUCAGCCUCAUCGCACAGCCUGGCACCGGCGGGCAGGAGCGGCCGCCCAGCGGCACGGCCAGCAAGCAGAGGCAGUUCCUGCCCCGAGAGCCCGCAGCCGGGGGCAAGCCGGGCGCACUGCACGCCAGUUGUCUGUAG